AUCAGAGUUGCCUCUAGAAACAAUCAUGAAAGCCUUACUGGUCUUCUUGCUCGUGGCUUUGGCUACUCUUCAUGCCCUACCAAGCCAAAUUCAAACCUCCUUCGAUUUCGAUCCAUUUGUCAUUGGAGGCGAGGCAGCAAAGCCCGGCGAAUUUCCGUGGCAACUGUCGCUGCAGGUUUUUAGUAACGGAAAGUGGUACCACACGUGUGGCGCUUCACUUUUCUCCGCUAAGUAUGCACUGACAGCCGCCCAUUGCGUUAGCAGCGGAAUGGCUUACAGGGUGGUUGCUGGCCUACACCAACUAAGCAAUCCUAGCCUGGCUACUAUCGUCAACGUCAAAUCCUUCAAAAUACACGAAAAAUACUUGGACGGUACCGGGACAUACAGCAACGACAUAGCCGUCCUUACAUUUGCGGCCGAUAUCAAGUUUACUGACAAGAUCAAACCAGCUGUCAUGCCAGCUGAUAACAAGAACAAAUUCGUCAACGAAUCUUGCAUCAUCAGUGGUUGGGGCAGAACUGGUGCCUCUGGAGUUCUGCCGGACACUCUUCAGAAAGGAAUGAUCCGUGUCAUUUCAAAUGCAGAGUGUCAAAGAAGAGUUGGGUCUAUGGGCAAAAUUGUUAACGGCCACCUCUGCAUUUUUGAUCCUGUUGGUUUGGACACCUCUGCUUGCAACGGAGACAGUGGCGGUCCGGUAUUGUGCAAAGUGGCCGGUGUAGAUACAGUUGUUGGAGCUGCUUCGUGGGUUAUAUCGAGUGCUGGUGUUUGUAGCCCAAUUUAUCCAUCUGCCUACACAAGAUUCAGUGAAUAUUUAGAUUGGAUCAAGAUGAACACACCUUAGAACGAUUGUGGACUAUUCCACUAUUCUGAUAAACUAAAACGCUCGUCUACAAUGAACCAUUCCGUCCUGUUAUAAUAUUGACUGAUUUAUUUUGAUUAAACGUAAUUUGCUAAUAUAGAUCAUGAAAUCCUACAUGAAACAUUAAAUUCUCUUAUUGUUGAAUUUAAAUGCUGAGAGUGAAUUAUUGCACAUUAAAUUUUAAUAAAAAGCAUUCAAACUCAAA